AUGCCCAUUGGUCACUUGUUUUGGCAGUGAUCCAUAAAUUACCCUGGUGUCGUUUGCUUGACUUUGAGCUGUGUUUGUCUCUUGGUAUCUGUGGCUGCACUUCAGGACAUAGAUGUAGUCAAGGUCCAAUUCUCCUUUCAUCAACAUUUCACAUAGUGGUAUGGCCAACAGCAACAUUCCUGUUAUUCCUUUUCACUCUCCUCUGUGGUGCCUAAGUGGUAAUUUGAUUGACAGGCCUGCAAUACAGUCUUUCCAAGGAUGUGCAUGUGCUUAUCUGUUCCUUCAAGGCGCGCACACACACACUAAUGUAGCCGUUUUACACUGACUCAUUGGCUCAUAGAUUACAGCACACACAUACAAACUGAGAUAAAUGGACAUACUGAGUGACAUUAGGAACACCUUCCUAAUAUUGAGUUGCACCCCCCUUUGCCCUCAGAACAGCCUCAAUUCGUUGGGGUAUGGACUCUACAAGAUGCCAAAAGCGUUCCACAGGAAUGCUGGCCCAUGUUGACUCCAAUACUUCCCUUUGGGUGGAUAACCAUUCUUCAUACACAGAGGAAACUGUUGAGCGUGAAAAACCCAGCAGCGUUGCAGUUCUUGACACACUCAAACCGGUGCGCCUGGCACCUACUACCAUACCCUGUUCACAUGCACUUAAAUCUUUUGUCUUGCCCAUUCACCCUCUGAAUGUCACACAUACACAAUCCAUGUCUCAAGGCUUAAAUAUCCUUCUUUAACCUGUCUCCUCCCCUUCAUCUACACUGAUUUGAAGUGGAUUUAACAGGUGACAUCAAUAAGGGAUCAUAGGUUUCACCUGGAUAGUCUGUCAUACAAAGAGCACAGUCAGUGUAUAUCAGCAGGAAGAGUCCAUGUUAUGAUGUGUCAUUGUAGUUGAAACUACCAUGUUGUCACAGCUACUGAAAUAUCAUCAGCGAUCAGUGGUGUAGUGGAGGGUAAACGCAGUUUACCCCAAUUAUGGGUUGCUGCAGCCCAAUAUGGCGACCAGAGUGUAGGCGUGUGGGAAGGAGUGGGUGUAUGGAAAGCGAAUCACCGUUUUGCGUGGCUGAUUGGGAUGCACCACGAGCCGAUAAGCCGGUGCGAAUGACUAGUGCACCGGUGUUGUAUGGAGGUGCUUGCCAACCUGAGGUGCUUCCUACUGGGCAGCUGUAUCACGGUGUUGUCGGCGGUAGCUAACAUGGCGACUGGUGUUGUAUCGAGGUGCUGCCAACCCAAGGUGCUUCCCACUGGGCAGCUGUAUCACGGUGUCGCCGGCGGUAGCUAACGUUGCCAUUUCUGUCCCUCCCAUGAUUUAAUUUAAAGUAGGAUAGCAGCCUACACAAGAAAUAACUAAUAUUGAUAACAUCUACAGUGCCUUCAGAAAGUUCAUACCCCUUGACUUAUUCCAAAUUUUCUUGUGUUACAGCCUGAAUUCAAAAUUGAUUAAAUCAUUUUUUUUCUCACCCAUCUACACAAAAUACCCCAUAAUGAUGAAGUGAAAACAUGUUUUUAGAAUUUUAUAGAACAUUAUUUGGAAAUGAAAUACAGAAAUAUUUUAUUUACAUAAGUAUUCACACCCCUACCUUUGGCAGCAAUUACAGCUGUGAGUCUUUCUGGUUAAGUCUCUAAGAGCUUUGCCCACCUGGAUUGUAAAAUAUUUGCACAUUCUUUUUUGAAAUGUUCAAGCUCUGUCAAGUUGGUUGUUGAUCAUUGCUAGACAGAUUUAAGUCAAAAACGUAACUAGGCCCCUAAUGAACAUUCUAUGUUGUCUUGGUAAGCAACUCCAGUGUAUAUUUGGCCUUGUGUUUUAGGUUAUUGUCCUGCUGAAAGGUGAAUUUGUCUCCCAGUGUCUGUUGGAAAGCAGACUGAACCAGGUUUUCCUCUAGGAUUUUGCCUGUGCUUAGCUCUAUUCCGUUUCUUUUUAUUUACAAAAAAUCCCUAGUCCUUGCCGAUGACAAGCAUACCCAUAACAUGAUGCAGCCACCACCAUGCUUGAAAAAAGUGGUACUCAGUGAUGUGUUGUGUUGGAUUUUCCCCAAACAUAACGCUUUGUAUUCAGGACAUAAAGAUCCUUUCUUUGCCACAUUUUUUGCAGUUUUACAUUAGUGCCUUUUUGCAAACAGGAUGCAUGUUUAGGAAUAUUUUCAUUCUGUACAGGCUUCCUUUUCACUCUGUCAAUUAGGUUAGUAUUGUGGAGUAACGAUAAUGCUGUUGAUCCAGCCUCCGUUUUCUACUAUCACAGCCAUUAAACUCGAACUGUUUUAAAGUCACCAUUGGUGAAAUCCAUGAGCGGUUUCCUUCCUAUCCGGAAACUGAGUUUGGAAGGACGCCUGUGUCUUUGUAGUGACUGGGUGUAUUGAUACACCAUCCAAAGUGUAAUUAUUAACUUCACCAUGCUCAAAGGGAUAUUCAGUGUCUGCUUUUUGUAUUUUUACCCAUUUACCAAUAGUUGCCCUUCUUAGUGAGGCAUUGGAAAACCUCUCUGGUCUUUGUGGUUGAAUCUGUGUUUGAAAUUCACUGCUCGACUGAGUGACCUUACAGAUAAUUGUAUGUGUGGGGUACAGAGAUGAGGUAGUCAUUCAAAAAUCCAUGCAACAUAUUAUGUGACUUGUUAAGCAGAUUUUUACUCCUGAACUUAUUUAGGCUUGUCAUAACAAAGGUGUUAAAUACUUAUUGACUCAAGACAUUUCAGCUUUUCAUUUUUUAUUAAUUUGUAAAAAUUCCUAAAAACAUAAUUGGGGGUGUGAAUACUUUCUGAAGGCACUGUAGAUGUCACCUUGAUACAUACAUACAGUCUACUCAAUGGGGGGAGGGAAUGAACAGCAACAACACCGGGACAGUGUCCUUCGCUCCCGCUUUCCACGCAAUGGCGUGCGAAGUACAGUGCCUUCGGAAAGUAUUCAGACCCCUAGACUUUUUCCACAUUUUCUUAGAUUACAGCCAUAUUCUAAAAUUGAUUUAAAAAUGUUUUUUCCCCUAAUCAAUCCACACACAAUACACCAUAAUGACAAAGCAAAAACAGGUUUGUAGAACUUAAAUAUCACAUUUACUUAAGUAUUCAGACCCUUUACUCAGUUACUUUGUUGACGCACCUUUGACAGCGAUUACAACCUUGAGUCUUCUUGGGUAUGACGCUACAAGCUUGGCACACCUGUAUUUGGGGAGUUUCUCCCAUUCUUCUCUGCAGAUCCUCUCAAACUCUGUCAGGUUGGAUGGGGAGUGUUGCUGCACAGCUAUUUUCAGGUCUCUCCAGAGAUGUUAGAUCAGGUUAUAUUCUGGGCUCUGGCUGGGCCACUCAAGGACAUUCAGAGACUUGUCCCAAAGCCACUACUGCAUUGUCUUGGCUGUGUGCUUAGGGUCGUUGUCCUGUUGGAAGGUGAUCCUUCACCCCAGUCUGAGGUCCUGAGCGCUCUGGAGCAGGUUUUCAUUAAGGAUCUCUCUGUACUUUGCUCCGUUCAUCUUUGCCUCAAUCCUAACUAGUCUCCCAGUCCCUGCCGCUGAAAAACAUCCCCACAGCAUGAUGCUGCCACCACUAUGUUUCACGGUAGGGAUGGUGCCAGGUUUCCUCCAGACGUGACGCUUGGCAUUCAGGACAUAGAGUUCAAUCUUGGUUUCAUCAGAUCAGAUAAUCUUGUUUCUCAUGGUCUGAGAGUCUUUAAGUGCCUUUUGGCAAACUCCAAGGGGCCGUCAUGGAGUGGCUUACUGAGGAGUGGCUUCCAUCUUUCCACUCUACCAUAAAGGCCUGAUUGGAGGAGUGCUGCAGAGAUGGUUGUCAUCCUGGAAGGUUCUCCCAUCUCCACAGAGGAACUCUAGAGCUCUGUCAGAGUGACCAUUGGGUUCUUGGUCACCUCCCUGACCAAGGCCCUUCUCCCCCGAUUGCUCAGUUUGGCCGGACGGCCAGCUCCAGGAAGAGUCUUGGUGGUUCCAAACUUCGUCCAUUUAAGAAUGAUGGAGGCCACUGUGUUCUUGGGCACCUUCAAUGCUGCAGAAAUGUUUUGGCACCCUUUCCCUGAUCUGUGCCUUGACACAAUCCUGUCUCGGAGCUCUACGGCCAAUUCCUUUGACCUCAUGGCUUGGUUUUUGGUCUGACAUGCACUGUCAACUGUGGGACCUUAUAUAGACAGGUGUGUGCCUUUCCAAAUCAUGUCCAAUCAAUUGAAUUUACCACAGGUGGACUCCAAUCAAGUUGUAGAAACAUCUCAAGGAAGAUCAAUGGAAACAGGACGCACCUGAGCUCAAUUUUGAGUCUCAUAGCAAAGGGUCUGAAUACUUAUGUAAAUAAGGUAUCUGUUUUAUUUUUUAUAAAUUAGCAAAAAUGUCAAAACCUGUUUUCGCUUUGUCAUUAUUGGGUAUUGUGUGUAGAUUACUGAGUUUUUUUUAUUUUUAUUGAAUCCAUUUAAGAAUAAGGCUGUAACGUAACAAAAUGUGGGAAAAGUCAAGGGGUCUGAAUACUUUCCGAAUGGACUGUAGCUACCUAAUAGCCAAUAUCAGGGUGACAGUCACGGUAAGCACACGCAUACAAUGCAUACAAGCAACAAUACACCUGUCAUCAGUACUUUUAAUGAAAAAAUUAACAAUCGUCAGUUUUAAUAACUGAACAGUUACCAUUAUUUCUGUAAAACUAACAGUGAAAUAUGGUACGGUAGUUGCGUGGUACAAAAAAAAUAAUGUCUCAAUCAAAACUGUCUAUAGGAGAGCGCUUUCGACACACCCACUCCUUUUCACACGCCCACUACUUUCCUUUCGACACACCCACUUGCCCAUACUCCGGUUGCCAUAUGGGCCUUCUAGUUUACCCACUUUAUUUUUUUGCCUGAAAGUUUACCCACCUUUUUGAGGAAAAUGCAUUUAAAGUAAAGUGAGCUUUACUUUUUUCACGGCAACCAGACUUCACCCACCAAUUUUUUUUUUUACCACUACAUCACUGUCAGCAAUAAGAAAUUAUAUAAUGUAGUAGUGACAGAAGUGGAAACCAGGUUAUGUUUCCACAUCAGCAAUGACAGCGCCAUUUAGUCUGUCCUCCUCCCUAGAUUCCACUGUCCUUAUCUCACUCCAUAGGGGCUCUGGGGGUUGUGGGGUGAGGGAGGGGUUGAGCGGUUACAGACCUUCUGGGCCAGGAUAAAGGUGCAGUCGCCUUGUCGCCCUGAUUGAAGGCACAUUUUUUGAGGUAUGUGCUCUGCCACAAUCUCAGACAAGGCUGCCAACACAGUUCAGUGGGUUCCAGGGGAACGAGCGGUCUAGUCUCUGUCUAAACAUGAAAGCCAAGAGGGUUCCCUCAGGCCUGAUAACAACUAGCAGCUUACUAUAAAUAGAAGAAAACUGCCCCCUGCAUAUUAUCAGUAAGGGAACAGCAGUGUUUUCACAUUGAGAACGCUUCAUCUUAUACCACGUCAUAGUUUCCCUCUGUCUACGGUUUCUGUCAUGAUACUGAACUUUCAGGUAGUAGCUAAUAUCCAUCUUUUAUAUUGAACUCUGCAUUGUUGGAAAAGGACCCAUAAGGAAGCAUUUCACUGUUGCGCCUGUUGUUUACGAAGCAUGUGACAAAUAAAAUGUGAUUUCAUUUGAUCCAUUCAUACAUAUCCAGAGGUGUAUACUCAUACAGAACUAUAGGGCUUUUGAAGUGAGGGCUAUAUGGCUUUUGUAAUAACUGGCAUAGGAAUAACAUGUCUGUCUCUCCUUCGUUCUCCUGGGUUUGUGAAACCCAGUAAACUCAAUAGACUAGCCCACAUUUCAAUCUCUCUUGCUAAGGGGUUUGUACUGGCAACAGGAAGGAAAGUUGCCAACAACAGCGUUAGAUAUAGGAGAACCUGGCUGAAUUAGGAAAUGCUUUGGAGAAGAAGACCACACCUUGAAUAGAAUAGGAACAGCCAUGUAAAUGAUUACGAUAGAAACACUGUCUAAAUAUUUGUUCCAAUAAUAGCACUAGCUGUGUCACUACAAUUCAUAUCGCUACGCUCAUUGGCGUAAUUCUUGGUUCUUGAUUGGAGAGAGAAGCGUGACAGGGUCUGGUGAUAAGUGUGACCUUUUUUGAGGGGAAAGCUGUCCUAAAAUAAAAGCUGUAUUAUUGGACUGUGCUUUGAUCUGUGUGGGAAACAGAGCUGCUGGCUUUGGGAGACAAAUUGCUGUUGUGACCUGGUGUGUGUGUGUGCUGGUUGACCUGCAGCCUGUUUGUACAGAGACUAGUAAUGAGAUUGUUCUCUCGCUCUCUCUCUCAAUUCAAUUAAAAGGACUUUAUUGGCAUGGGAAACAUAUGUUAAUAGAUAAUAAACAAAAGGGAAAUAAACAAUCAGAAAUGAACAGUAAACAUUACUCUCUCUUUCUCACUGCAGGAUACUGAUCUUCAUGUGACAGUUGGUUGGCAACGGCAACACUCCAGCCUCUCCCAGUGUGCAGUGUCCAGCCCCUGAGGUUAGCAACAGAGAACACGAUUGGACAGAAGGACUGGAAGAAGGAGAGAACCAAACAACCUUCUGUAGCGUGACAAUAGAGUAGAGUGAACCUCGACUCACUUCUUCAUUUGCUCUGUGGUUGGCAGUGGCACCAUUUCUGGGCAACGGCUAUAGAAACAGGAAGUUGUUACUGGUGGUUGAGCCUGCUAAUCAUCGAACGGACGGUCCCUGGUGGAGGGCCAGAGUCUGCACGUGUAGCGAUGCAUGUAGAGAGGAGGCCCCUUCCCUGCUACCUGACUCAGACUCUGGCUGUGACCUUCAACGUGCCCCCGGCCCCACCAUGCUGAACAAUGCCUCUCUGGUCUACAUCGCCCUGGAGCUGGUGAUCGCCUGCCUGGCUGUGACCGGUAAUGUGCUGGUCUGCUGGGCCGUGUGCCUCAACAGCACCCUGCAGACCAUCACCAACUACUUUGUGGUGUCCCUGGCGGUGGCAGACAUCGCUGUGGGCUUGCUGGCCAUCCCCUUCGCCAUCACCAUCAGCAUGGGCUUCUGCGCCAACUUCCACGGCUGCCUGUUCAUUGCCUGCUUCGUGCUGGUGCUCACCCAGAGCUCCAUCUUCAGCCUGCUGGCCAUCGCUGUGGACCGCUACAUUGCCAUCAAGAGUCCCCUCAGGUGAUGACCUUAGCAGGGGAGGAGAGGGAGGGGACUGGGGGGGGUUGGCUAGGGACAGGGCUGAGCAUGGUGGUGACACUCUGCUCCUGGUCUUCUCUAAAAACCAACUAUCAAACAAACAGGUAUCAUCUAUGCUUGAUAUGUUGUUUUAUUUACAGAACAUCAAAAGGCAGGUCCUCUGGCCCAUUAGAUCUUGGCUAUGAUAUAAGUGAUGUGCACAGCACAAUGCAUUUGUGUAUGAAAAUACAUUGAAUUAUAGCAGGGUAAUUCGAUUAGGGUUAAUCUUCCCACCGCAGGGCAGACAGAGAUAAAUGUCUCCACAGGCUUCAUUGGGUUAGUGUUUGUGUGCUGCUGGAAGGAUUAAAAUGGCUAAAGGCUUUGAUCAUUAUCAUCCUGGUAAAUCAACACCAGGGGAGACCUGUGAGGGCCCAGGCACAGUAUAGAUAGACAGGACUGUGUUCUCACCUCAAACAGCCCUGGAUCCCCCCCCAACAGAAACAUGAACACUCUCACGUAGCCUCUCUGUCACUGUGACACAAGGGGACACACACAGAGCAUUGUCAUCCCUCCCUUUUAGCUUUAUAGUCAUUAAUUUCCCCAAAGGGGAAAAUUGUUGAAUUUCCUUACAAUUAGAUGUAUAUUUAUAGUCCUUUAGUCCUGCCUUUAAUGACAAAAUGGAGAUAGUUUAUAGAUAACAAUAAUUUGUCUGUGAGGAAUGGACAAUAUUUGCGUGGUUGUCAAGUAGGGUUAGUUUAGUUGAUAAUCUUUACAAUUAUUUGUUGUCUUUAUUUGUUAUGUCUAAAUGUACACUGCUCAAAAAAAUAAAGGUAACACUAAAAUAACACAUCCUAGAUCUGAAUGAAUGAAAUAAUCUUAUUAAAUCGUUUUUUCUUUACAUAGUUGAAUGUUCUGACAACAAAAUCACAAAAAUUAUCAAUGGAAAUCAAAUUUAUCAACCCAUGGAGGUCUGGAUUUGGAGUCACCCUCAAAAUUAAAGUGGAAAACCACAGUACAGGCUGAUCCAACUUUGAUGUAAUGUCCUUAAAACAAGUCAAAAUGAGGCUCAGUAGUGUGUGUGUGGCCUCCACGUGCCUGUAUGACCUCCCUACAAUGCCUGGGCAUGCUCCUGAUGAGGUGGCGGAUGGUCUCCUGAGGGAUCUCCUCCCAGACCUGGACUAAAGCAUCCGCCAACUCCUGGACAGUCUGUGGUGCAACGUGGCGUUGGUGGAUGGAGCGAGACAUGAUGUCCCAGAUGUGCUCAAUUGGAUUCAGGUCUGGGGAACGGGCGGGCCAGUUCAUAGCAUCAAUGCCUUCCUCUUGCAGGAACUGCUGACACACUCCAGCCACAUGAGGUCUAGCAUUGUCUUUCAUUAGGAGGAACCUAGGGCCAACCGCACCAGCAUAUGGUCUCACAAGGGGUCUGAGGAUCUCAUCUCGGUACCUAAUGGCAGUCAGGCUACCUCUGGCGAGCACAUGGAGGGCUGUGCGGCCCCCCAAAGAAAUGCCACCCCACACCAUGACUGACCCACCGCCAAACCGGUCAUGCUGGAGGAUGUUGCAGGCAGCAGACCGUUCUCCACGGCGUCUCCAGACUCUGUCACGUCUGUCACAUGUGCUCAGUGUGAACCUGCUUUCAUCUGUGAAGAGCACAGGGUGCCAGUGGCGAAUUUGCCAAUCUUGGUGUUCUCUGGCAAAUGCCAAACGUCCUGCACGGUGUUGGGCUGUAAGCACAACCCCCACCUGUGGACGUCGGGCCCUCAUACCACCCUCAUGGAGUCUGUUUCUGACCGUUUGAGCAGACACAUGCACAUUUGUGGCCUGCUGGAGGUCAUUUUGCAGUGCUCUGGCAGUGCUCCUCCUGCUCCUCCUUGCACAAAGGCGGAGGUAGCGGUCCUGCUGCUGGGUUGUUGCCCUCCUACGGCCUCCUCCACAUCUCCUGAUGUACUGGCCUGUCUCCUGGUAGCGCCUCCAUGCUCUGGACACUACGCUGACAGACACAGCAAACCUUCUUGCCACAGCUCGCAUUGAUGUGCCAUCCUGGAUGAGCUGCACUACCUGAGCCACUUGUGUGGGUUGUAGACUCCGUCUCAUGCUACCACUAGAGUGAAAGCACCGCCAGCAUUCAAAAGUGACCAAAACAUCAGCCAGGAAGCAUAGGAACUGAGAAGUGGUCUGUGGUCACCACCUGCAGAACCACUCCUUUAUUGGGGGUGUCUUGCUAAUUGCCUAUAAUUUCCACCUGUUGUCUAUUCCAUUUGCAGAACAGCAUGUGAAAUUUAUUGUCAAUCAGUGUUGCUUCCUAAGUGGACAGUUUGAUUUCACAGAAGUGUGAUUGACUUGGAGUUACAUUGUGUUGUUUAAGUGUUCCCUUUAUUUUUUUGAGCAGUGUAUUUUUGAAUGUGUUGUAUGUUGAAUGUCCCAUACACCUCCUCUAUUCUAUACCGUGACUGUGUAGCAGAAUGGGACGGUGAAACUCUCCACUUGUGGUGCCGAUAGCUAGCUUUUCGGGUGGCACGACUGAGUAAGACGCUUCAGGAUGGCGGUCACGUGUGUUUGUGAGGCAGAGGUCCUGGGUUCCAGCCUCGGAGUGAGCCAGCCAAGUUAGGAUCAAAUCAGGCUUAACACUUUGAGAGAUAAUGUGGCUAAAACGUUUUACAGUCGCUGAACCAGUGGUGGAAAAGGUACCCAAUUGUCAUACUUGAGUAAAUGUAAAGAUACCUUAAUAAAAAAAAUACUCAAGUAAAUAGUGAAAGUCACCCAGUAAAAUACUACUUGAGUAAAAGUCUAAAAGUAUUUGGUUUUAAAUAUACUUAAGUAUCAAAAGUAAAAGUAUAAAUAAUUUCAAAUUCCUUAUAUUAAGCAAACCAGGCGGCACAAUUAUUAUAAUAUUUUUAUUUAUUUAUGGAUAGCCAGGGGCACACUGGACAUAAUUUACCAUUUGAAAUUGUGUUUUUUACAUUGGAUAAAAGUAGAGACUCAGAGCUACAAAAUGGUAUAUCAUACACUGCAGUUGAGGAACAAUGGAGAAAGUAAUUCUGCUUUGAAAGUUGAUCAACUUGUAACCCCACUUUUGAGAAAAUGGCCCUUGAAUGUUUUGCUACACCUACUGGAGAGCUCCUCUUUGUCUACACCUAUUCAGCAUCGUUCACACCUUCUUAAGCCUUAGCCCCACCCAUCUCUUUAAGGAUUCACAUGUGAGGCCAUGUGCUAAACAGAGUGACUAAGGUAGUGUAAUUAACAACCAACGAUUUCAAGACUAAAAGUGGUGAAAGUAGUAGCCUACAAUAAGGAAAAACUCCAGGUAUAAAUACACUCCUUAUACCUACAGUUGAAGUCGGAAGUUUACAUACACCUUAGCCAAAUACAUUUAAACUCAGUUUUUCACAAUUAAUCCUAGUAAAAAUUCCCUGUCUUAGUUAGGAUCACCACUUUAUUUUAAGAAUGUGAAAUGUCAGAAUAAUAGAAAGAUAAUUAUUUAUUUUCUGCUUUUAUUUAUUUCAUCACAUUCCCAGUGGGUCAGAAGUUUACAUACACUCAAUUAGUAUUUGGUAGCAUUGCCUUUAAAUUGUUUAACUUGGGUCAAACGUUUCGGGUAGCCUUCCACAAGCUUCCCACAAUAAGUUGGGUGAAUUUUGGCCCAUUCCUCCUGACAGAGCUGGUGUAACAGUCAGGUUUGUAGGCCUCCUUUCUCGCACACGCUUUUUCAGUUCUGGCCACAAAUGUUCUAUAGGAUUGAGGUCAGGGCUUUGUGAUGGCCACUCCAAUACCUUGACUUUGUUGUCUUUAAGCCAUUUUGCUACAACUUUGGAAGUAUGCUUGGGGUCAUUGUCCAUUUGGAAGACCCAUUUGCGACCAAGAUUUAACUUCCUGACUGAUAUCUUGAGAUGUUGCUUCAAUAUAUCCACAUAAUUUUCCUUCCUCAUGAUGCCAUCUACUUUGUGAAGUGCACCAGUCCCUCCUGCAGCAAAGCACCCCCACAGCAUGAUGCUGCCAUGGUUGGGAUGGUGUUCUUCGGCUUGCAAGUGACCCCCUUUUUCCUCCAAACAUAAUGAUGGUAAUUAUUGCCAAAUAGUUCUAUUUUUGUUUCAUCAGACCAGAGGACAUUUCUCCAAAAAGUACAAUCUUUGUCCCCAUGUGCAGUUGCAAACCGUAGUCUGGCUUUUUGAUAUAGGAAUCAGGUUAAAAGUAAUGACUAAAUGUUCCACCCUUAAAUAUAGUUGUGAAAUGUUCUUGUUUUAAGUAUGAUUUAGUAUUUUCUUAGUAGUGACUAAUUAUUACACUCUGAAACUGUGUGAGAUGUGUUAGAAUCUACUACCUGGUAAUGUGUGAGUGUAGGACCAGUAAAGAUUAUGACAUUGUGCUACUAUUUAGCAAUGUGAAUAAGAGUUAGGCCAGACAACAAAGGACAAGGAGAACUGUCUACAGGCAACUGAGAAACCAAGAUAACUGAGGAAUUUAGGGAGGAGAGAAACUGUUAGGCUUGUGUGUGUGUGUGUGUGUGUGUGUGAACUGAUGGUCAGGAGAGCAAUUAUAAAGUGGAAAACUACAGCCUGCCUACAGAGGGGAGGGAUUCUUUCUCUGACGUGUGCAUAUAAAAAUAUUGUAUGACCAUUUUGUUUUAGAACGUUCUCAUGAAUAAACCCUGAUGAUUGUAUGCUGGGCUGCUUGGUCUGAUUAUUAGAGAUUUACAACCUCUGGGAUACAGACUGAGUAAUAAGUUCAUUUUUGAAACAUUGGGAUAGAAAUUCUCAUAACACUUUUUUUAUGGCGGUUUUGGAGCAGUGGCUUCUUCCUUGCUGAGCAGCCUUUCAGGUUAUGUCGAUAUAGGACUCGUUUUACUGUGGAUAUAGAUACUUUUGUACCCGUUUCCUCCAGCAUCUUCACAAGGUCCUUUGCUGUUGUUCUGGGAUUGAUUUGCAGAACGCGUCUCCUUCCUGAGCGGUAUGAUGGCUGCAUGGUCCCAUGGUGUUUAUACUUGCGUACUAUUGUUUGUACAGAUGGAUGUGGUACCUUCAGGCAUUUGGACAUUUCUCCCAAUUUUUUUCUGAGGUCUUGGCUGACUCAAAUGAUGUCAAUUAGCCUAUCAGAAGCUUCUAAAGCCAUGACAUCAUUUUUGGAAUUUUCCAAGCUGUUUAAAGUCACAGUCAACUUAGUGUAUGUAAACUUCUGACCCACUGGAAUUGUGAUACAGUGAAUUAUAAGUGAAACAAUCUGUUUGUAAACUAUUGUUGGAAAAAUUACUUGUGUCAUGCACAAAGUAGAUGUCCUAACCGACUUGCCAAAACUAUAGUUUGUUAACAAGAAAUUUGUGGAGUGGUUGAAAAACGAGUUUAAAUGACUGCAACCUAAGUGCAUGUAAACUUCCGACUUCAACUGUAUGGGAGAUUCUGGAGCGGUGCCUGAGACCGCGUUUUUCACCACCAUCAACAAAACACCAAAUUAUGGAAUUUCUCAUGGAAGAAUGGUGUUUCAUCCCUCCCAUAAAGUUCUAGACACUUGUAGAAUCUAUGCCAAGUCACAUUGAAGCUGUUCUGGUGGCCCAUGGUUGCCCAACACCCUAUUAAGACACUGUUGGUGUUUCCUUUAUUUUGAUGUAUGUAAACCUCUGACUUCAACUGUAUAUCCUGAUCUGACUUUGGUGCAGGUCAUGUUGUUCUUUACAUUACCAUCUCUGGUAAACACACACUAUAUCAAAUCAAAUCAAAUCUUAGUUUAUUUGUCACAUGCACAGGAUACAGAAGGUGUAUAUAAAGUGUCCAUAAAAAAAUAUUUUAUACAUAUUUUAUCAUUAUUAGAUUGUUUAACCAGACACACUUGUCUAAAUUGAUGUGUCAUGCAAAAUAAAUGCUAUAACCACCCCCCAGCCACAUCUAGCUAAGUGGAUGGGUCACUAUUGUCUAGACAUGUACACAUGUUCAUGAAAUACAAUUGAUGGCAGUAAUCACCCCGACACACACCUGGCAAACAUGAUGGGUCAUGUAAUUAUGUGGAGUCUUUUGUUUAGACAUGUACCUAAACAAUUAACCAUAAUCCCAACGCAUACCGUACAAACGGAUUGUCAUAGCUAGCCACAAUGCAUGAAAUGCUGUAGUAUGAAUCUGCAGCUAGCUAAAGCUAACCAACUACACUAUAUUUACAAAAGUAUGAGGACACCCCUUCAAAUGAGUUGAUUCGGCUAUUUCAGCCACACCCAUUGCUGACAGGUGUAUAAAAUUGAGCACACAGCCAUGCAAUCUACAUAGACAAACAUUGGCAAUAUAAUUUCCUUACUGAAGAGCUCAGUGACUUUCAACUUGGCACCGUCAUAGGAUCCCACCUUUCCAACAAGUCAGUUCAUCACAAUUCUGCCCUGCUAGAGCUGCCCCGGUCAACUGUAAGUGCUGUUUUUGUGAAGUGGAAAUGUCUAGGAGCAAGACAUUUGAGCCGUGAAGUGGUAGGCCACACAAGCUCACAGAACGGGACUACCGAGUGCUGAAGAGUGUAGUGUGUAAAAAUAGCAACACUCACUACCCAGUUCUAAACUGCCUUUGGAAGCAACGUCAGCACAAUAACUGUUUGUCGGGAGCUUCAUGAAAUGGCCGAGCAGCCGCACACAAGCCUAAGAUCACCAUGCACAAUGCCAAGCGUCGGCUGGAGUGGUGUAAAGCUCGCCGUGCACAAUGCCCCCAUGCACAAAGCGAUUUCCAUACAGAAAUGGUUUGUCGAGAUCGGUGUGGAAGAACUUGACUGGCCUGCACAGAGCCCUGACCUCAACCCCAUCGAACACCUUUGGGAUGAAUUGGAACGCCGACUGUGAGCCAGGCCUAAUUGCCCAACAUCAGUGCCCCGACCUCCCUAAUGCUCUUGUGGCUGAAUGGUCCCCGCAGCAAUGUUCCAACAUCUAGUGGAAAGCCUUCCCAUAAGAGUGGAGACUGUUAUAGCAGCAAAUGGGGGCCAACUCCAUAUUAAUGCCCAUGAUUUUGGAAUGAGAUGUUCGACCAGGUGUCCACAUACUUUUGGUCAUGUAGUGUAGGUUCAAUGUUAGCUAGGUAGCUAACAUUAGGCUAUAACUAGCAAUGCAAACGGCUUUCUGAGAUACAAGUAAUAUUACUACACAGAUCUAUAGAGACUCCUCAGAGGAGGAAGGGGAGAACCAUCCUCAGUGAAUUUUAAUAAAAAUACAAAUGAUAAAUCAUUAAAAAAGUUAUCCUUUUAGAUACAACUAUAAUAAAUAUAUUAAAGUCACCAAAUAAUUGAUUAAAACAGUGUUUUGCAAUGAAGGUCUACAGUAGCCUCAACAGCACUCUGUAGGUUAGCACCAUGGUGUAGACGGAGGACAGCUAGCUUCCGUCCUCCUCUGGGUACAUUGACUUCAAUACAAAACCUAGGACGCUCAUGGCUGUCACCCCCUUCCAUAGACUUACACAGUAAUUAUUAAGGUUUUUUCGCCUGGUCUCAUACAGCUGAUGUGUUGUGCAUUGAAGUCCACAAAUAAAGGGAAAGGGUGAGAGGGGGAUAGUGCAUAGAUUUACAUUUUACAUUUUAGUCAUUUAGCAGACGCUCUUAUCCAGACAGUUAGUGAGUGCAUACAUAGAUGCGAGAAGAAAUACAACGUGGCUGCUAUGAAAGUGAACUGUGUUUACGCGUGAUCAGGGGUGUGUUCUUUCCGCCGAUUCUGUUGAAAAACAUCUCUUAAACGGAAUGAAACAGGGAUAAACAUACCUGAAUUUGGUAUUGAAUGUGACAGUCUGUCACCUCAAUUUUUUCUCUCGACCUGUGUGCACCUAAGUUGGAAACUUUCAUUCAUAGGCUAGGUUGUAGCAACCUCAUGAUAUAGGGAAAAUUAGAGUAUCAUGUCGUAGCCUAAACCUAUCGAUGUUACAUUGAACUGGGUGAAUGGAAUAUGAAUGACAGUCAUCCAAUAUGCUGUAAUAGAAAUAAGGCAAUGCUCAUGAACAAAAAAAAAUGGUCCUCCCUCAUCUUAAACGGCACCAACCGCCACUGACACAGAUCAUACACGUAACGUUAGCUAGCGAGUCAGCAAGCUAACGUUCGCUAGCUAGCUAACAGUACUUUCUGACUAAAUUAGAAACAUAUAAAAUCUGAAUAUGUAGCUAGACUCUUACCCGUAUACAUGGAUGAACGCUUCAUGGCAGCCUGGAACCACUUUAACUAAGUGUCGUUUCCAUUUUGUUUGUAGCUACAGCUUGUUUGGCCAGUUGUGUCAAGUCACUCCGGUUCACACAGACCGCCUACUAAAUUCAGGGCAGCAAUGUUGUUGAGAGCAGUAGCAACACUUUUGCAGUUGUCCAUGGCUAACUUCAUCUCUUUCAAAAAAGCUGCGGUAGCAAGGAUUAUCUACACAUACUGAGCAGCUCAUGUUAUAGACAGAAGCAUUCUACAUGGCAGACCAAUCCCAACUCAUCUCUUGGCAUGUCCAGCCCAUCCAUUAUCUCAACCUGUUUAGUGAGUGCCAGAUCAGAGGCAGAAGGGAUGACCAGGGAUAUUAUCUUGAUAAGUGCAUGAAUUGGACCCUUUUCCUGUCCUUUUGGGUGUCAGGGAAAAUGUAUGGAGUAAAAAGUACAUUAUAUUAUUUUAGGAAUGUAGUGAAGUAAAUGUAAAAGUUGUCAAAAAUAUAAAUAGUCAAUUAAAGAAAACAGAUACCCCAAAAACUACUUAAGUAGUACUUUAAAGUACGCCACUGCGCUGAACCAAGAACCUGACAGGGUAGUGAGCAACUCUUUGGUUCAGAGAGAGAGAGCUUUGUGUUUUUCUGUUUUUCAGCUCUCCCUCAGGGUGUGAUGGCAGGUAGAUAAUUCGGGUUGGGCCUCCUGAGUGGCGCAGCGGUCUAAGGCACUGCAUCGCAGUGCUUGAGGCGUCACUACAGACCCGGGUUCGAUCACGGGAGAACCAUGAGGCGGUGCACAAUUGGCCUAGCAUCGUCCAGGUUAGGGGAGGGUUUGGCCGGCCGGGAUUUCAUUGUCCCAUCGUGCUCUAGCGACUCCUUGUGGCAGGCCGGGCACCUGCAAGCUGACUUCGGUCGCCAGCUGGACAGUGUUUCCUCCGACACAUUGGUGCGGCUGGCUUCAGGGUUAAGCGAGCAGUGUGUCAAGAAGCAGUGCGGCUUGGCAGGGUCGUGUUUCGGAGGAUGCAUGGCUCUCGACUUUCGCCUCUCCUGAGUCCGUAGGGGAGUUGCAGCGAUGGGACAAGACUGUAACUACCAAUUGGAUAUCACGAAAUUGGGGAGAAAAAGGGGUAUGUGUGUGUGUGUGUGUAUGUGUAUAUAUAUAUAUAUAUAUAUAUAUAUAUAUAUAUAUAAAAUAAUUACAAAAUAUGUAUCAUCCGGGUUGCUAUCUGCUCAACACCAGUCAUUAGGAACAUUAACUGCAACAAAUUGCCUGCAAUAAAUGUCUAGAUAGCUAGUUUAGUAUGCUAUGUUAAUAAGGCACUCAAGUUUGCAUAAGGGACAAAUAUGUAACUUUGAAUAUAUGUUAAGGGAUAUUUCCUGCAGACUACAACCAAACAACCCGCAAACUUGGCAACAACAACCAAAAUCCCCUUAACUAGAGUGAAAUAGGGUGCCUCAUACUACAAACGUGUGGGUAACCAAAGCCACUGUUUGGUCACAGUCACAACCGCAAUUUUGAUUCUCCUGUGGGAAGGCAUUGCUUUCGUGGAAAAGUCAUUGCAGGUUAGGGUUAGGGGCCCAGCCAGUGUGUGUGUGUGUGUAUUUGUAUGUGUGUGAAAUAUGAAUGAGCUUUCAUUGGAGCCUGAGCUCUAGAUCCAAGGGGCUUAGUAAACUUGCCGCCACCCUGGUUCACAGAGGCCUAAUCCCCCCUGGACCCCCCAACCCACCCCUUAACCACAAACAACUGGGUCAUGUGUCUGUGGCGCUGCCCUUUGAGAUUUUACAUUAUGAACUCUGGUUUAGAAAUGGCCAAUGGAAGAAUACAGACAGCAAGACCUGACAACAGCCUAAUAUUCUGUUCAUUACAACUAUUGGCCUUAAGACUGAAUGUUCCCCUUAGUAUUUGCUUUAAUGCUGAGCGAAUAUUUGCCUUAAAUUUCUAUAGCUGUGGUGUAUCACAAUAUUGAGUGGUUUGUGAUAUUAUAUCAAUCGGUUGAUCUCAUUCUGCAUAUUACAUAGAACACAGAUUUUAAUUUGUGUACUGUCUGGGGCACAAACAAAGCACAGCCAACAAGGGUUACAUCAGAGGGUAGAUAAGCUUUUGUGCAAUGUUCCCUAAAUCACAAUACAGGUAGGAAAUGCUUUCUUAAGUCCACAUAUAGUACAUGAGCUGAUAUCCGCUGCUCCAUCUCCUAGUAUGGCAGGGCUAGUCGAGUCUGUCAAACAAUGGACUCAUUUCCCAAAAGGCUGCUGCUAUACAAGUAGAUACGGGUACAUUCUAUGUAUAAAGGCUGUUUACCCUCUGAAGCCUGUCCCAUACAUUCUGCAGAGCUCUCUGAUCACAGGAAGCCAUUCGUUUGGUCCAGGAAAGGUGAACUUGCUUUGUUAUUGAGUCUGUCUGGCCUUGAAUAAAGGAACUCUCUCAUCCUGGGAACAUCAAUGUUUGUCAUGUAAUAAAAAAUAUAAAGCACCUAUCUGAAUUCCUCUCUUGUGUUUUCAUGUGAUCUUUAGGUAUAACAGCCUUGUGACGGCCGGGAGGGCGAAGGGCAUCAUCGCAGUGUGCUGGGUUCUCUCUGUGGGCAUCGGCCUCACUCCCAUGCUGGGCUGGAACAGGGGCGUCAACGCCACCAACAGCAGCUCAUGCCCCGAGGGCAUGACAGAGUGCCUGUUCGAGGGUGUGGUCACCCUGGACUACAUGGUCUACUUCAACUUCUUCGGCUGCGUGCUGGUGCCUCUGCUGGUCAUGCUGGCCAUCUACGCCCACAUCUUCAUGGCAACAAGGGGCCAGCUGAGGCGGAUUGACCUGAAACUGGCUCACAUGCACGCCCCCGGGACAAGUUCGUCAUCCACAUCUUCCCGCUCCACCCUGCAGAAGGAGGUCCACGCGGCCAAGUCUCUGGCCAUCAUCAUGGGGCUGUUCGCCCUUUGCUGGCUGCCCCUGCACAUCAUCAACUGCUUCAACCUGUUCUGCCAGGACUGUGGGCGCCCACACAUCUGGGUGAUGAACAUCGCCAUCAUCCUGUCCCACGCCAACUCCGUGGUCAACCCCUUAAUCUAUGCAUACCGCCUACGGGAGUUCCGCCACACAUUCCGCAGGAUCCUGCGCCAGCAUGUGCUGGGCCACCAGGAGGGGCAUGGGGCUGGGGGUGGCAGAGGGGUGGGCGGCAGCAUUAGUAUCAUGCGUACCUCCACUCGCAUCAGCAUGGUGGAUGACUCAUUUGGCACCAUGGUGAACAGUUAUGCCCUGGAGACCAGCCCAAAACUCAGCCCCACUAGGACUCCCAUAGAGACCCAUAGAGCUGGGAAAGAGGCUUCCUCUGCCUUCUGCCAGUGGUCACCACCACGGUCAGACCCUGCACCAAUCAGCUACAUCCAAAAUGGACACCACAGAGGGGAUGCCCCCCUGUCGCCUAGGUGGAAGCAGUGCAUCAUGGGAUGUGCGGUCCAAAGUGGGGUUGAGACUAAGAACCUUGUGGGAACAACAGAGGUGAUGGAGAUGACAGUGGGAACAUCUCAUUUGUGCACGUCAGGCCUCUGUCCCCCACACAGACCAGCCCUAACCAUUCAGUAG